UAUAACUGUUUAUCUUCCGGGUUACGUGUCUCUCUACUAUGGAUGUCUGUUAGCAACACAUGAAGCUGGUGAAGACCAUUAAUACAUCCAUGGUGAAGACGUCCAGUAAACGGUGUGUUUUCUACAUGAGGAACAUAAACCAGCCCUGCAGCCGCUGCUGGGAGACUUCACACCCUAGUACUAGUACUAACUAACCUCGCUGCCUGCUUGUCGGUCGUCCUAGAGACGGUUACUAGGUAACUCUACAGCGUGGUGUUGAUGGUAGAUGAGCCAUGGAGGGUCCGUCCUCUCGUCUACGUCUACCUCCCACCCGGGACGGAGCGCUGUGGCCGGCGGGCAGGAGAGACUCCGGCGGGGACGCAGAGUCCGACCGGGACAUGAAGACACACUUCCGCGUCUGUCGCUUCAUUAUGGAGACAGGAGUGAAGCUGGGGAUGCGCUCGGUGCCCGUGGCCACAGCCUGUGUGUUGUACCACCGUUUCUUUGAAUGUGUCAACAUACAUGCGUAUGAACCCUACCUGGUGGCCAUGAGCUGUGUGUACCUGGCUGGCAAAGUGGAGGAGCAGCACACCAGGACCCGGGACAUCAUCAACGUGAGCCAUAGGUAUUUCAACAGUGGCAGUGCUCCUCUGGAAUGUGACAAGGAGUUCUGGGAUUUGAGGGACAGCGUGGUGCAGUGUGAGCUCCUCAUCCUCCGACAGCUCAACUUCCAAGUCUCCUUUGAACACCCUCACAAGUAUUUACUCCACUACCUGUUGUCCGUGAAGUCGCUCGUGAACCGCCACGCUUGGUCUCGGACCCCCAUCGCUGAGACUUCCUGGGCGUUGCUUAGAGACUGUUACCAUGGAGCCAUGUGCAUCCGCCACACACCACAACACAUCGCCAUAGCAACAAUGCACCUGGCUCUAAACAGCUACGGAGUGGAGCUGCCUGUCGGGGAGAAGGAGUGGUGGCAGGUGCUGCGUGUGGACGUGACCAAAGCAGACAUCGAUGCUGUGAUCUCUGACCUUCUUCAGCUCUACGACAUGGAGGCCAAGUGUAUCUGAAGGACACACCUAGAAGACACACGGGAGACACGAUCGUCGUUUUGUGUGCGUGCAUUCGUGUGUGUUUUGUGUGUGUGUGUGUGUGUUUACUUGUGUUUGUGCCUGUGCGUAUGUCAUUCCCUGCAUGUCGGGGUUCAGGUGUGUUUGUGUACUUGUGUGUGUUUGUGUGUGUGAGUGAGAGAGAGGAACACUCUGUUUUGCCCCAGUUAGUCUGUGAGCUGUGACAAAAACACACCCGCACUACCGCUUCCUACCACCGUGGGGAGAUGUUUCCUGCUUUCUGGCCCCUGAUCACAAAGCCUGGCAGAAUCCUGAUGUGCUCUGGAAUAUAUACACCGAUCAGCCAUAACGUUAAGACCACUGACAAGUGAAGUGAAUAACAUUGAUUAUCUCGUUACAAUGGCAGCUGGCAGUGGGUGGGAUAUAUUUGGCAGCGAGUGAACAUUUUGAGCAGAAAAAAUGGUCAAGCGUAAGGAUGUGAGCAACUUUGACAAGGGCCAAAUUGUGAUGGUUACACGACGACUGGGUCAGAGCAUCUCCAAAACUGCAGCUAUUGUGGGAUGUUCCCGGUCUGCGGUGGUCAGGACCUAC